ACAACCAUGGAGACCAUCGCACCCCCACCAAAAUUGAGCCACCUCUUUACUCUCCGUUGUGCAGUUGAUCCGCCUAUGGAGAUAGGCCAUGGUCCUUAUGGUCGUCGACGUUGCGUGCCGAUCAAGUCGGGUUCCGUACGUGGGCCCCACUUUAACGGGGAAGUUGUGCCUGGAGGUGCAGAUUUCAUGUUGGUGGAAGAAGACCAGACGACUCACGUUAAUACCAACUAUGUGAUCAAGAGUAACGAUGGGGCAUACAUCUACAUUCGUACCGAAGGCACUCGGGCAGGACCUCCUGAGGUCCUGAAAGCCUUGAUGGAAGGCGGACCUGUUGACCCCAGCCAAUACUGGUUUCAUCUUCACGUCAAGAUUGAAACGGGCCACGAGAAGUACAAAUGGAUGAACGAUCGGGUCAUCGUUGGGCGGGCUACCCGAGCCCAAGGGGAGGUUGCGUACGAUGCGUAUUACCUAGAAAAUUGCCCCUGA